CUGAAGUUGAACAUUUUACUUUUGUUAUUCAAAUAAUUUAGAGAUGAAUUUUGUAUUUCUGGUUUUAUGUUUACUACCUGGUGGUUUGUAUGGACUGGACUGCUCUGAGUUUAGCAUAGGACAAUGUGAGCGCAGUGUUAUCCAAGAGGUCAAUCUUGAUGGAGGGAAUAUCACCAGCUGUCAGAGUUUAUGUCAAGAAACCUCUGGAUGCCGAGAGUUCAGAUUCAAUAUUCUCUCCGAGUCCUGUACCCUCUCUUCUAAAACUUAUCCAACCUGCAACGUGAUGACCGGCCCGGCGAGCCCUCUUGUUGAUGAGUGUAUGAAUGCGCCGGUUGGAUGUUCCGCCUUUAUGGCCGAGGAUUGCAACUACAACAGUGGGGCGGAGAAUACAAUGGACCAUAUGUCGGAUCCAAGGUCGUGCCAGAUGUUUAUGAAUGAGCUUGGACCUGAUUUCGGCGGAGGAAAUUUUUUUAUUUUUCAAAAGUCGCCCAAGGGGAGCUGUAAAAUGCUUCUUUCUGGGGAUAGAACUUGCUUAAGUGUAUCUGGACCUCCCGCCCCUGAAUAUGAAACCUGUUUUUAAACUGUUUAGUUUGUCUGAUUCUGAACCUGCAUUCCCUCAAUAUGAAACUGGGUUUAAACUUAAAAGUGUUUAGUUUAUCUGAACCUACCUCCCCUGAUUAUGAACCUGUUUUUAAACUGUCUAAUUCAUCUGGACCUAUACUUCUCCUGCAUAUAAAACCUGUUUUUAUACUGUUUAGUUUAUCUGGACCUACCUCCCCUGAUCGAAUAUGAAACCUGUUUUUAAACUGUUUAGUUUAUCUGGACCUACCUCCCCUGGACAUAAAACCUGUUUUUAAACUGUCCAGUUUAUCUGGACCUAAUUCCCCUGGAUAUAAAACUUGAUUUUAAACUGUUUAGUUUAUCUGGACCUAAUUCCCCUGGAUAUAAAACCUGUUUUUAAACUGUUUAGUUUACCUGAACCUAAUUCCCCUGGAUAUAAAACCUGUUUUUAAACUGUCCAGUUUAUCUGGACCUACCUCCCCUGGAUAUAAAACCUGUUUUUAAACUGUUUAGUUUAUCUGGACCUACCUCCCCUGGAUAUAAAACCUGAUUUUAAACUGUUUAGUUUAUCUGGACCUACCUCCCCUGGACAUAAAAACCUGUUUUUAAAAUAAUAAGUAUUUUCAAUAAAUAACUACAUGGAA